AUGCUGGUGGCGGUCCUCACCUACAUGGGCUACGGCAUCCUCACCAUCUUCGGAUACCUCCGAGACUUCCUCCGGGACUGGAAAAUCGAGAGGUGUCACAUUGCCCGUGAGAGGGAGGAGCAGAAGGUACGACUAUGACCACCUCACCUGGCUUUGUCCUCAGUUUGUUUGAAAAACUUUAUUAAUUCUUAUUUCCAUUAUUCUCAUCCUCUUCAUCAACGUCGUCAUUCGUUAAGGGGAUUCCCCCUCCCCCACCGCCCAAAAGAAAGUUCCCCCCAAAAAUCUAAGGAGUCAGAUGUUUUCAUAUUUCAAAAGUGACAUUUUUUUUUAUGUUCAACUUAUUUGUUCAACUUAUUUACUUUUGAGGUAAGAAAAGGAGAUAACAUUCCACAUUGGAGUUUUACAUUCACAAUAGCACAUGGACCCAUUUAUUUUGGCUCUGAAGUCCAAUUUUGGGGAGGAUAUCUCAGAUCUCAGAUGGAAUGUUUGUGAAAAAGGAAGGAAAGCAUUAGCCAAUUAAAGCCACUGGUCCUUCGGUGUAACACAACAGUCAUUCAUUGUGACAUACACUAGUAAACAGGAAGUGGGAAUGUGAGAAGGAGGUUGUUGUGUCCUACUGUACGACACAGACCUUAAGUCACUCACUGCGAGUAAAAUAACAGUUUCAGGACAUUGUUUUGGCACUCGGUCACCUCUUGGAGGAGGAAAGGAGGAAACUUUAUCGCCUGAAGGAUAUCCUACUCUUGUUGCCUCAGACUUCACUGUCGGGUUUGAAGAAAACACUUUCAAGGAAAUAAGCUGAAUGCCUGUGGGGCCUUUUCAGUCAUGUGUAAACUUAAGCUAACCUCUGCGUAUAUGGAGAGAUUAAGACUCUAAUUAGAACAGUACAUGUUUGACUGUUCUUUGACUGAGCUCAACCUAUAUGCUUAGUGUAAUAUGGAUGAAUGGGCCAUAGUACACAGAAUAUGGCUGACGUGAUGUGGGAGUCUGAAAUAAAUGCCUAACGUAACAGGUCACUUAACAUAGAGCAGUAUGUGUGUGUGGUCUAUACUAGAAAAUGGGAAUAUUACUUAUUUUUAUUUUCCUGUUCCCCUCUCCCUCUCCCAUAUGUUCUGUCUCCAGGACUUUGUCCCACUUUACCAGGACUUUGAGAACUUUUACACCAGGAACUUAUAUAUGCGCAUCCGUGACAGUUGGAACCGACCCAUCUGCAGUGUCCCGGGGGCUAAGGUGGACCUGGUGGAACGUGUGUCACACGACUACAACUGGACCUUUGAGUGAGUGUCAUAGUCACAGGAAAAAACAAGAAACCAACUCAGUGGUCUUGUGAUUAGUGUCCGCCCUGAGAUUGGAAGGUUGGGAGUUCUAUCUCCGGCCAAGUCAUACCAGACUGACACUCAACAUUAAGGAAAUAGAUUGGGGGUAAGGCCCUGCGAAAGACUAGCGUCCUGUCCAGGGGGUGUACUUGUACACCAAGCUGCCUCACACUACAGAAACAGGAGAUAGGCUCCUAUGGGCCUUUCUGGCUCGCACAAGCCAAGGCUACUUACAGUCACAGGAUGCGUCCCAAAUGGCACCCUAUUCCCUACAUAGUGCAUUACUUUUGACCAGAACCCUAUAGGACCAUUUGGGACGUAGCCACAGAGUUGCUAAAAGAAGGUCCUAACCACUGAUCAAGGGCCAGAUGAGAACAUUAGCCCUCUAAUGUUUAGCAUUAAGAUUCAAGGUAGGGUAAGCUGGGCAGCUCCAGGCCUGGUGGGCCGCAGGCGUGCAGGGUUUUGUUCCAGUCCAGCAAAAAUACACCAGAUUAGGCCUAAAUAUUCAACUAAUCAUGGCUUUCAGUUUGCACCAUGAUUAUUUUUACCAUUUUCUACAUUGUAGAAUAUUAGUGAAGACAUCAAAACUAUGAAAUAACACAUGUGGAAUCAUGUAGUAACCAGAAAAGUGUUAAACAAAUCAAAAUAUAUUUUAUAUUUGAGAUUCUUCAAAUAGCCACACUUUGCCUUGAUGACAGCUUUGCACACUCUAGGCAUUCUCUCAACCAGCUUCAUGAGGUAGUCACCUGGAAUGCAUUUCAAUUAACAGGUGUGCCUUGUUAAAAGUUAAUUUGUGGAAUUUAUUUCCUUCUUAAUGUGUUUGAGCCAAUCAGUUCUGUUGUGACAAGGGAGGGGAGGGGAGGGGUAGCCCUAUUUGAAGAUAGCCCUAUUUGGUAAAAGACCAAGUCCAUAUUAUGGCAAGAACAGCUCAAAUAAGCAAAGAGAAACAACAGUCCAUCAUUACAUUAAGACAUGAAGGUUUGUCAAUACUGAAAAUGUCAAGAACUUUUAAACUUUCGUCAAGUGCUGUCGCAAAAACCAUCAAGCGCUAUGAUGAAACUGGCUCUCAUGAGGACCACCACAGGAAUACAAGACCCAGAGUUACCUCUGCUGCAGAGGAUAAGUUCAUUAGAGUUACCAGCCUCAGAAAUUGCAGCCCAAAUAAAUGCGUCACAGAGUUCAAGUAACAGACACAUCUCAACAUCAACUGUUCAGAGGAGACUGUGUGAAUCAGGCCUUCGUGGUGGAAUUGCCUCAAAGAAACCACUACUAAAGGACACCAAUAAGAAGAAGAGACUUGCUUGGGCCAAGAAACACGAGCAAUGGACAAUAGACCAGUGGAAAUGUGUCCUUUGGAGUCCAAAUUGGAGAUUUUUGGUUCCAACCACCAUUUGUCUUUGUGAGAUGCGGUGUGGAUCUCCACAUGUGUAUUUCCCACCAUAAAGCAUGGAGGAGGAGGUGUUAUGAUGUGGGGGUGCUUUGCUGGUGACACUGUCUGUGAUUUAUUUAGAAUUCAAGGCACACUUAACCAGCAUGGCUACCACAGCAUUCUGCUUUGAUAUGCCAUCCCAUCUUGUUUGGGCUUAGUGGGACUAUCAUUUGUUUUUCAACAGGACAAUGACCCAACACACCUCCAGGCUUUUUAAGGGCUAUUUUACCAAGACGGAGAGUGGUGGAGUGCUGCAUCAGAUGACCUGGCCUCCACAAUCCCCUGACCUCAACCCAAUUGAGAUGGUUUGGGAUGAGUUGGACAGCAGAGUGAAGGAAAAGCAGCCAACAAGUGCUCAGCAUAUGUCGGAACUCCUUCAAGACUGUUGGAAAAGCAUUCCAGGUGAAGCUGAUUGAGAGAAUGCCAAGAGUGUGCAAAGCUGUCAUCAAGGCAAAGGGUGGCUAUUUGAAGAAUCUCAAAUAUAAAAUAUAUUUUGAUUUGUUUAACACUAUUUUGGUUACAACAUGAUUCCAUAUGUGUUAUUUCAUAGUUUUGAUGUCUUCACUAUUAUUCUACAAUGUAAAAAAUAGUACAAAUAAAGAAAAACCCUUGAAUGAGUAGGUGUGUCCAAACUUUUGACUGGUAUUGUGUAUACAGUGCUAUGAAAUAGUAUUUCCCCCCUUUCUAAUUUUCUCUACUUUUGCAUAUUUGUGAUACUCAAUGUUAUCAGAUCUUCAACCAAAACCUAAUAUUAGAUAAAGGGAACAUAAGUGGACAAAUAACACAACAAUUACAUAUUUAUUUCAUUAACAAAGUUAUACAACACCCAAUUCCCCUGUGUGAAAAAGUAAUUGCCCCCUUACACUCAAUAACUGGUUGUGCCACCUUUAGCUGCAAUGACUCCAACCAAAUGCUUCCUGUAGUUGUUGAUCAGUCUCUCAGGUCGCUGUGGAGGAAUUUUGGCCCACUCUUCCAUGCAGAACUGCUUUAUCUCAGUGACGUGUGGGUUUUCAAGCAUGAACUGCUCGUUUCAAGACCUGCCACAACAUCUCAAUUGGGAUUAGGUCUGGACUUUGACUAGGCCAUUCCAAAACUUCCAAUUUGUUGCUUUUUAGCAAUUUCAUGUAGACUUGAUUGUGUGUUUUGGAUCAUUGUCUUGCUGCAUGACCCAGCUGCGCUUCAGCUUCAGCUCACAGACGGAUGGUCUGACAUUCUCCUGUAGAAUUCUCUGAUACAGAGCAGAAUUCAUGGUUCCUUCUAUUAAGGCAAGUCAUCCAGGUCCUGAGGCAGCAAAGCAUCCCCAAACCAUCACACCACCACCACCAAAUAUUAAGCUCUGCUUUUCUGAUGUAUCAAAUACUUAUGUCAUGCAAUAAAAUGCAAAUUAAUUACUUACAAAUCAUACAAUGUGAUUUUCUGGAUUUUUGGUUUAGAUUCCGUCUCUCACAGUUGAAGUGUACCUAUGAUAAAAAUGACAGACCUCUACAUGCUUUGUAAGUAGGAAAACCUGCAAAAUCAGCAAUGUAUCAAAAACUUGUUCUCCCCACUGUGUAUAUAUAUAUUUAUUUAUAUAAAUAACUUGGGCGGGAGGAAGAGAGAGGGAGGACACUGAGAGGUUAUUCUAGACUAACCACAAGACCUGAGGCCUCUCGUCAUGAUUUGUUUGAUUACUGAAAAGCAGAACUGUGAACUAAACGGAAAGUGUCCUUUUGACGCUGUGUUCUGAUUUGGUUGUGUGUGUGUGUGUGUGUGUGUGUGAUUAGCAUCAUACCAUUAUAGAGUCUGGCUGAUAAACAUGCAGUCAAGAGACUGUUGAAGGUCAAGUAUGUGUUGGUGUAUUUGGCAGACAUUUCAGUCCAAGUGAAUUACUUGCUUAGCUGAAUACAGUAAAGGUUAAAUACAUUUGGCACCCCUUUCAGUCCCAGCUAUACAGAGUAAUGGGUCCUAUAACUAGCUAUAACUCUCUCUCGUUCUCUCUCUCUCUCUCUGUUUCCCUAUGUCUCUCUCUCUCUCUCUCUCUCUCGCUCUCUGUUUCCCUAUGUCUCUCUCUCUCUCUGUUUCCCUAUGUCUCUCUCUCUCUCUGUUUCCCUAUGUCUCUCUCUCUCUCUCUGUUUCCCUCUGUCUCGCUCUCUUUAUGUUUCCCUCUGUCUCUCUCUUUUUGUUUCCCUCUGUCUCUCUCUCGCUCUGUCUCUCUCUCUCUCUGUCUUUCUCUCUCUCAGCUACACAGGCAGAGUGGUUGAAGGUGUGAUAAACAUGGGUUCUUAUAACUACCUGGGCUUUGCUGAGAACACAGGUUAUUGUGCCGACGCAUCCGCUGAGGUCACCAUGAAGUAUGGGGUGGGCGUGGCCAGCACCAGGCAGGAGAUGGGUAUGGCCUGGUAACACACACAUGCCCACACACACACGCCGUGUAAACGCACACAUGCACAAACACACACUCACUCAACUAAAAACAGGCGGGGAAAUACACUGUCCCAUAGUUGAAUUCAUUUCGCUGUCCAACAUGGCCAAUAUGUUGACCCAAACAAGACACAGAGAGCAGUGAAAGAGAACAGCUCUGAUUCUCACAAUCCUCCCUUUUCUGUAAAAAGUGGAAUAUUUACAAAUGAAUCCAAUGUAAGCAUUUUUAUCUCACUUUCACACCCUCAAGUUAUUUGUGUUUCACUUCACAUUAGAGUCCUUCCAUGUCAUUACAGCAAGCCAUGACACCCACCAUCAGAUUGUUCAGAAAUUGUAGUUAGAAACAGAUAGGAUUGGCAUUCCUGAAACAUUAUUUUAUUGACAUUUAAUUGUAUCUCUGAGAAAUUAAGCUAAUUGAUUGCACCCAAAUUGGCAAUUUUAAUUAAUAGGAUUCAGAUAAUAUUCAGUAAAUAUAGUACCCAAAAUCCGAUUUGGAACAUUUCUUCCUACCAAUGCGUAAGACAUGAGGAAUAUGAGAAUUGCAUAGGGAUAGCCCUCUCAGAGAGCGGCCACGUGUUGGACUAUUCAAGGAGAGUUGGGUUGAAGCAUUAGGUUGCUAAGACAAGGAUAAACUGAAUUGCUUUCAUGGAGGACUGGCUUGAAUUGUGAGGAUGACCACACAAUUUGUUUUCAUAAUGAGCCAAAUCUAUUGGUUUAGAACCCAAAGUUGCAAAGGGAAUGUUAUGAUCUAUUUAAUAAACACAAGAGACCAGCAAAAUGGAUAAAAGAAUGUGGCGGUAUAGGAAGAACAGUGGCAUCUAGUGGUCAAAACAUGUUACUUUCACACUACUUUAUGGUAAAUAAUGCAAGCGACUUCCAUUACAAAAUUCACUAGGAAUACAUUACAUAGUAUGGAGAAGCAAUUCUCCAAGCCACAGCUUCAUACUACUUGUCAAACAGAGCACUUAUACUGGUUGUUGGGGUGGGAUUGGCAUGGGGUGUGGGGGGUCCGUGGGUGGCUUUAGACACUUUAUGGGGGAUUCCUCAAGUCUUACUCAAUGGUAGGAAGAAGUAUGGUCCAAAUCAGAUGUUGAGUACUAUAAUUAUUGAAUAUGAUCGGAAUCCUAUAAAUGAAAAGGGCAAAUUUGGGGGCAAUCAAUUAGCUUAAUUUCACAGAGAUCAAAUUAUGUUUAAACAAAAUAAUGUUUCAGGAAUGCUAAUAGUAUCUGUUACCAACUACAUAAUCAAUUUCAGAACAAUCUGAGAUGGUGGGUGUCAAUCCUCUUUCUUGUGCUUUUUGAGGUGGAACGACCCAGUAGUGAGUGGUAGGAUUAAUUAUCUGGCUCUGAGAUUAACUCUAUAUCGGAGAUAUUAUAUUUUGGUGUAUGUUAAUUUAUAGAUAUGAAGUAAACGUAUACAGUGCAUUCGGAAAGUAUUCAGACCCCUUGACUUUUUCCACAUUUUGUUACGUUACAGCCUUAUUCUAAAAUCCUCAGCAAUCUACACACAAUACCCCAUAAUGACAAAGCGAAAACAGGUUUUUAGAAAUGUUUGCUAAUAAAUAAAAAACAGAAAUACCUUAUUUACAUAAGUAUUCAGACCCUUUGCUAUGAGACUCGAAAUUGCUCAAGUGUGUCCUGUUUCCAUUGAUCAUCCUUGAGAUGUUUCUACAACUUGAUUGGAGUCCACCUGUGGUAAAUUCAGUUGAUUGGACAUGAGUUGGAAAGGCACACACCUGUCUAUAUAAGGUCCCACAGUUGACAGUGCAUGUCAGAGCAAAAACCAAGCCAUGAGGUAGAAGGAAUUGUCCGUAGAGCUCCGAGACAGGAUUGUGUCGAGGCACAGAUCUGGUGAAGGGUACCAAAAAAUGUCUGCAGCAUUGAAGGUCCCUAAGAACACAGUGGCCUCCAUCAUUCUUAAAUGGAAGAAUUUGGAACCACCAAGACUCUUCCUAGAGCUGGCUGCCCGGCCAAACUGAGCAAUCGGGGGAGAAGGGCCUUGGUCAGGGAGGUGACCAAGAACACGAUGGUCACUCUGACAGAGGUCCAGAGUUCCUCUGUGGAGAUGGAAGAACCUUCCAGAAGGAUAACCAUCUCUGCGGCACUCCACCAAUCAGGCCUUUAUGGUAGAGUGGCCAGACGGAAGCCACUCCUCAGUAAAAGGCACAUGACAGCCCGCUUGGAGUUGACCAAAAGGCACCUAAAGACUCUCAGAUCAUGAGAAACAAGAUUCUCUGGUCUGAUGAAACCAAGAUUGAACUCUUUGACCUGAAUACUAAACGUCACGUCUGGAGGAAACCUGGCACCAUCCCUACGGUGAAGCAUGGUGGUGGCAGCAUCAUGCUGUGGGGAUGUUGUUCAGCGGCAGGGACUGGGAGACUAGUCAGGAUCGAGGCAAAGAUUAAAAGAGCAAAGUACAGAGAGAUCCUUGAUGAAAACCUUCUCCAGAGCGCUCAGGACCUCAGACUGGGGCGAAGGUUCCCCUUCCAACAGGAUAACGACCCUAAGCACAUAGUCAAGACACAACGCAGGAGUGGCUUCAGGACAAGUCUCCGAAUGUCCAUGAGUGGCCCAGCCAGAGCCCAAACUUGAACCCGAUCAAACAUCUCUGGAGAGACCUGAAAAUAGCUGUGCAGCAAUGCACCCCAUCCAACCUCACAGAGCUUGAGAGGAUCUGCAGAGAAGAAGGGAGAAAAUCCACAAAUACAGGUGUGCUAAGCUUGUAGCGUCAUACCCAAGAAGACUUGAGGCUGUAAUCGCUGCCAAAGGUGCUUCAACAAAGUACUGAGUAAAGGGUCUGAAAAGUUAUCUAAAUGUGAUAAUUCCGUUUUUAUCUUUUAUACAUUUGCAAAAAUGUAUAGAAACGCGUUUUUGCUUUGUCAUUAUGGGGUAUUAUUGUGUGUAGAUUGAUGAGGAUUUGUUUCAUUUUAAUCCAGUUUAGAAUGAGGCUGUAACAUGAAAAAAGUGAAAUGGUCUGAAUACUUUCCGAAUGCACUGUAUCUAGAGGAAUACAUUUGUUUAUCAAAAACUAAUUUUGUUUUUAAAUUGCCUUCGCCACACGCUCGGGCAUUAUAACUCAGUCUUGGCAGGUAGAUGAUCGCAGAGGCUCAUACUCAGCCCUAAGCCAUCUGUAUCAUACAACUGUUUAUAAUGAAUAACACACAGUUAUUCUUCUGAAUCUUAUCAGUAGGUAGGUAUGUGCUUUUGUUUUGAUGUAUCUCCUAUAUUCCCUUAGGUAACUUAGACAGACAUGAGGAGAUGGAGGAGCUGGUUGCUAAAUUCCUGGGCGUGGAGUCGGCCAUGGCUUUCGGGAUGGGCUUCGCUACGAAUUCGAUGAACAUCCCUGCCCUCACUGGCAAGGUAGUAGGAAAUGCUACCCAAACACCAGGGGUUCUCAGUCUUUUUCUAUGUGCUAGCCUCUGGCUCUCUCUGGUUCACUGUCUUUGCAUUCGUCGCUCUCUCUCUCGCGCUCUCUCUCUCGCGCUCUCUCUCUGUCUCUGUCUCUGUCUCUCUCUCUCUCUCUCUCUCUCUCUCUGUCUCGCUCUCUUAAUUCAAGAAAUGCUUUAUUGGCAUGAGUGGCUGGUUGCCACUGUUGCCAAAGCAAUGUAUAUGAAGUAUUACAUACAUGAACAAUAUGUCUGAGCAACAAUUAUAAUAUAUGUCAACAAAAACAAUUAUACAUGGAAAAUAAUACACAAAAAAGAAAACAAACAGCAACUGUUGAGAAAUUAAAUCUACAAGGGCUCAUGUGUAUGACAUUGCUAUUGUCUUUCUUAUGUUAUUAUACUGUCUCAAUGUUUUCUUCUACCAAAAUUCAGAUUUUCUCCUCAACAGGCAGUUCAAGAAAUCCUGCAACAUUUUCUUAAAAUGUCAGGAGAAAAAUAUCUCUGAGUCAUAUUUGGAGCAGUGGAGUAGGAAGAGCUGCUCAUCCUGUACAUCACCUGACCUACAGUGGGGGAAAAAAGUAUUUAGUCAGCCACCAAUUGUGCAAGUUCUCCCACUUAAAAAGAUGAGAGAGGCUGUAAUUUUCGUCAUAGGUACACGUCAACUAUGACAGACAAAUUGAGGAAAAAAAAUCCAGAAAAUCACAUUGUAGGAUUUUUUAUGAAUUUAUUUGCAAAUUAUGGUGGAAAAUAAGUAUUUGGUCACCUACAAACAAGCAAGAUUUCUGGCUCUCACAGACCUGUAACAACUUAUUUAAGAGGCUCCUCUGUCCUCCACUCGUUACCUGUAUUAAUGGCACCUGUUUGAACUUGUUAUCAGUAUAAAAGACACCUGUCCACAACCUCAAACAGUCACACUCCAAACUCCACUAUGGCCAAGACCAAAGAGCUGUCAAAGGACACCAGAAACAAAAUUGUAGACCUGCACCAGGCUGGGAAGACUGAAUCUGCAAUAGGUAAGCAGCUUGGUUUGAAGAAAUCAACUGUGGGAGCAAUUAUUAGGAAAUGGAAGACAUACAAGACCACUGAUAAUCUCCCUCGAUCUGGGGCUCCACGCAAGAUCUCACCCCGUGGGGUCAAAAUGAUCACAAGAACGGUGAGCAAAAAUCCCAGAACCACACGGGGGGACCUAGUGAAUGACCUGCAGAGAGCUGGGACCAAAGUAACAAAGCCUACCAUCAGUAACACACUACGCCGCCAGGGACUCAAAUCCUGCAGUGCCAGACGUGUCCCCCUGCUUAAGCCAGUACAUGUCCAGGCCCGUCUGAAGUUUGCUAGAGUGCAUUUGGAUGAUCCAGAAGAGAAUUGGGAGAAUGUCAUAUGGUCAGAUGAAACCAAAAUAUAACUUUUUGGUAAAAACUCAACUCGUCGUGUUUGGAGGACAAAGAAUGCUGAGUUGCAUCCAAAGAACACCAUACCUACUGUGAAGCAUGGGGGUGGAAACAUCAUGCUUUGGGGCUGUUUUUCUGCAAAGGGACCAGGACGACUGAUCCGUGUAAAGGAAAGAAUGAAUGGGGCCAUGUAUCGUGAGAUUUUGAGUGAAAACCUCCUUCCAUCAGCAAGGGCAUUGAAGAUGAAACGUGGCUGGCUCUUUCAGCAUGACAAUGAUCCCAAACACACUGCCCGGGCAACGAAGGAGUGGCUUCGUAAGAAUCAUUUCAAGGUCCUGGAGUGGCCUAGCCAGUCUCCAGAUCUCAACCCCAUAGAAAAUCUUUGGAGGGAGUUGAAAGUCUGUGUUGCCCAGCGACAGCCCCAAAACUGCGUACUAUUGUUUGUAUAGAUGAAUGUGGUACCUUCAGGCGUUUGGAAAUUGCUCCCAAGGAUGAACUAGACUUGUGGAGGUCUACAAUUUUUUUUUGGAGGUCUUGGCUGAUUUCUUUUGAUUUUCCCAUGAUGUCAAGCAAAGAGGCACUGAGUUUGAAGGUAGGCCUUGAAAUACAUCCACAGGUACACCUCCAAUUGACUCAAAUUAUGUCAAUUAGCCUAUCAGAAGCUUCUAAAGCCAUGACACCAUUUUCUGGAAUUUUCCAAGCCAUUUAAAGGCACAGUCAACUUAGUGUAUGUAAACGUCUGACCCACUGGAAUUGUGAUACAGUGAAUUAUAAGUGAAAUAAUCUGUCUGUAAACAAUUGUUGGAAAAAUUACUUGUGUCGUGCACAAAGUAGAUGUCCUAACCGACUUGCCAAAGCUAUAGUUUGUUAACAAGAAAUUUGUGGAGUGGUUGAAAAACGAGUUUUAAUGACUCCAACCUAAGUGUAUGUAAACUUCCGACUUCAACUGUAGAUUGUUCUAAUAUGGUAGCCAGUUUAUUUGUAUAAAUAAUGAAUAAGGUUGGACUAAUAUUGUGACCUUGUCUUACUCCUCUGUCUUGACUAAAGAAUUGUGUUCACACAACAUGAAUAGACCUUGCCUCCUAUAGCACUUUGAAGGCGUUUUAAGAACAUGCUUUACCUUCAUGCCAUAUGGAAUCAAAGGCUUUUUUAAUGUCUAUAUAAACAGGCAAAUAUUUUUCCUUUGUGAGUUUGGUGGCCAAGGUGUGGUGAUCUGUUCAGCGUUUCGCGAGGAAUCCAAUUGGACUUUUACUUAAGAUGUUGUGUUUACUUAGGAAGGCCUGAAUUCUGGCAUUCUUUAUGCUACAGAAAACCUUUCCUAAGUUACUACUAACAGAGAUGCAUCACUGUCUGUCUCUCUCUGUUUCUUUCUCUCUCUCUCUCUCUCUCUCUCUCUCUCUCUCUCUCUCUCUCUCUCUCUCUCUCUCUCUCUCUCUCUCUCUCUCUCUCACACUCUCUCUCUCUCUGUUCUUUCAGUUAGUUUCACCCUCUCUCUGUUCAUUUCACUUUCCCUGGCGCUCACUCGCAUUGCCUCUAGGUUUCUUUCCCUCUCUCCCUGGCACUGUGUGCUCUAUCGGUAUCUGCCUCUGUUGUGUUGCCUUCAAAGUGCUGCCUUUACCGUGGAACGUGUGUGUGUAAAGAGUAAGAGUUUAUGAGAGGAGGGUGUGUUUGUAUUGCAAUAGGGGAGGAAUCCAUGUUAGUAUAUUUAAUACCAGCAUGGUGUUGUCAUAAUGUUCAGAGCAGAGCACAAGCACUUCCUUAUCUCCAUAACAACAACAUUCCGGGAGGUUGUGUGUGUCACCAUGACGCCAGCAGGUGACCUCUAGACCUGGGUAGUGCGUACGCACGCCACAGGAGAGGCUCGAUAACACCGCAUAUUAUCAACAGGAAGUGUUUCCUGCCGCCAGGAGCACAUCACAGCUCCACUUUCUGUCAGGGCAAAGGUCAUCGCCAGAGGUCAACUCUGUUGUGUUGCUGUGAGAGCGGAUGCAGUGUGAGGUUUCCAAACUUGACUGUGGGCAAGAAAGAUAAAUAACACAUUAUGUUAUCUUUCUUUCUUGUGAGGAUUGCAAAACGCAAGAUGGUGAGGUUUUACUACUUAUUGAUCAAGCAUAGAAAUAGUCUUAGUAGACAAGCUCUCUCUCCUCUCUCUCUCUGUGUAGGGCUGUCUAAUCCUAAGUGAUGAGCUGAACCAUGCUUCUCUGGUCCUGGGAGCCAGGCUGUCUGGGUCCACCAUCCGAGUCUUCAAACACAACAGUAAGUCAGUCCUUUAUCUCUAUCCCACCGCAACACUGUGUCCAUCCCCUAUCUCUUUCCCCCUGCAACAUCGGGUCCGUCCCCCAUCUCUGUCCCCCCUGCAACACUGGGUCCGUCCCCCAUCUCUGUCCCCACUGCAAAACCGUGUCUGUCCUCUAUUGCUGUCCCCACUGCAAUAUCGGGUUCGUCCCUUAUCUUUAUCCCUUCCAGACUUUGUUAAUGUUCAACCAAAAUGGUGGGGCUUAUAUCUGUCCCACAUGCUACAAUGGGUCCGUCUUUUAUCUCUGUCCCCCCUGUUUCUACAGUGUACAGAUCACCACCCUAAGGCUCUAUAGCUAGUCCAUGAGGGGCAUACACUACUUUGAAAAGUUUGGGAAUAACUGCUCUGGUCUAAACAGUUUAGUCCCAGCAGUGACAUUUAGGGGAGCGUGUGUGCGUGAGUGUGUGUGUGUGCUCUGAAUUAAGCUCCGGUCACAGCAGGUCAUGAAUAUGUGUUCCCACCAGCUGGAAAGGUCAUCUCUAUGGCAAUUACCCUUCCUGAUAAUCUCCCUUUGAUGGUCCAGGGCAGGGAAACAAUCUGAAUAGAAAACUGAUAUUUUAAUGAGAACUUAACACUCUAGAUCAGGGAUUGUCACCUGGUGGCCCGAGUCUGGGUCUCAACUUACUUUUGAGAGUUAGAAUAGUAGAACACACAAUGUACAAUUUAGACAUUUGGUAGUGCAUCAGCAGUUUUUCACUUGUUAUGUCAGUCACUGACAGUCACUCAAUUAGCAUUUCAGAUAAUCAUUUUUAGAUUGGUAAAUUAGUCUAGCCUGCUAUAUAAACUUGUAGUAAUCAUGGCCGAAUACUGACCGGAUACGCAGGGCAGGUGCCCAGUGGCCCUGACCUCCAGGAGGCCCCCAUUGAUUUUGUUUGUCACUCUCACUCAGAUACAUUAACAUGGAAUAAGUAUUUGCAAAAUGUGUAGAAUCGCAGGAAAUAGCUUUAGAACUACAAAGAUUUCUCUCCAUCCCAUGGCAAAAUGGGUAGAAUUGCAGAAAAUGUGAACAACUGCCGUUGUUAGCAUCCCUGCCUUUAGGUUCAUAUGGAUUGAUUUGAGACUGGUUCAGCCAGCAAACAGACAAAUCUCGCUUAGGGCCCCCAAAAGGAUAGGGCUGGCAUUGGUCUCUUGUCAGAUGUUAACUGGUGUAUGUAAAUGGUGAUUUCUCUGCUGUGGAAACUGUGUAACUGUGUGCUCCUGGUGUGUCUUGUCAGACAUGCAGAGUCUGGAGAAGAUGUUGAGAGACGCCAUAGUCCACGGCCAGCCCAGAACACACAGGCCAUGGAAGAAGAUCCUCAUACUGGUAGAGGGAAUAUACAGGUAGUCUUCUACUUUCAACUUUAUUUGUGAUGGUGAGCUUAAGUCAAUUUGUUUACAUUUUAUAAAAGUACAGACUCGGAGCUUCAAAAUGAAACAUGGGAAAGUUAUACUGCUUUGAAAGUUUAUAAACUUGAAAGAUUUUGCGGAGAUUUUCACACUUGCUAGAGAGCUUUUCUUUGUUUCCUUGGCUGAAUUAGGCUCGUAAUUAAAAUGUUGUAUUCAUAUUUGUUAUAGUUAUAUAGUUUGUUAUUAAGGCACAUGACAGUUCACAUGUUCAAGAAGGCCUGCUGGCAGCAGAACAUUGUACAUGUACUCCAGAGGCAGCUGCUUAGACCGCUAGACCACCCUAGGCCACAUGCUGUUUAAACUUUACACUAUAAAGAAGGAAUCUACAGGAACUCCCAACACUGGUGCUCUCUCUAUCAUUAGUCAAAUGUACACUAUGUGAUGUGAUGGCAAAAAAUGUCCCCUGAAGUGAAGAUCGGAUACUUCCUCCUCCCCAUCUUUUGUCCCUCUUGUCACCCCCACCCACCACCCUACCUCUCUCCAUCUGUCCCCAGUAUGGAAGGCAGUAUAGUACGUCUACCUGAAGUCAUAGCUCUGAAGAAGCGCUACAGGGCCUAUCUUUACCUGGAUGAGGCCCACAGUAUUGGGGCUCUGGGGCCGGGGGGCCGAGGUGUGGUCGACUACUUUGGUCUGGACCCCCGAGACGUGGACGUCAUGAUGGGGACGUUCACCAAGAGCUUCGGCGCUGCGGGGGGCUACAUUGGAGGCAGGAGGGUGAGGAGGAUAACACUGAUUUUAAUGGACAGGUUCACUUUUUUGGAACCAAAUCUGUAUUUUGGAUGUUCUAGAAGUGUCCAGACACUUUUUUUGUGAUUUCACUUGCUUUUGAAAAGCAUACCCCACCAGCGAUAGACUUCCUCAUUCAGUAGUUGUAGGGGCACAGAUACAACAUGAACAAAGGCUCCAAAAACACCCAAAUACGUCCUUUUAGAAACGACAACGUUCUCAGUGUAGUGAUGCAGGUCUUUAGACGUUGUACACGUGAAGUUGUGUCCUUCUGAACUUUAUCCGCAUUGUUAUGUUCCAUGUUGUGCGGACUCAUUUUGUAGCCUGUGCAUGCGCACAGGGAAAAGUGUAGCUUGAGUCGCACAACAUGGAAUAUAACAUUGCGGAUAAAGUUCAGAAUGACACAACUUCCUUUUAAUGUUACUAAAAUGUUACAGCCACGUUACAAAUAAACGUUUCAGAUACUGUAAAUGUACCAUAUCCAAUAUAAAAACAUUACAUAUUAACAGUACAGCAACAUUACAGGGAGGAGGGUGAAGAGGAACAGCGCACAAUGUAGAUAACACAUCUACUUUUAUGCCAAGUCUGAAAUCAGAAAUAUAUACUUUUAGUGUUGCUAAUAUACUAACUUCAGGGUCAACAAUAACAUUCUAUUCUAGGAGUUGAUGGAGUACCUGCGUUCCCACUCUCACAGUGCGGUGUACGCCGCAUCUAUGUCACCUCCUGUCGUGGAGCAGAUCAUCGCUUCUAUGAAGUGCAUUAUGGGGGAGGACGGGACGACGCUA